AUGGGAUCCGACCGGUCGUGUGUUUUGUCUGUGUUUCAGACCAUCCUCAAGCUCGUCAUCUUCGUGGCGAUCUUUGGGGCAGCCAUCUCGUCACGUUUGUUUGCAGUGAUCAAGUUUGAGUCCAUUAUCCACGAAUUUGACCCCUGGUUUAAUUAUAGAGCUACGAAAUACCUCGUCAACAAUUCCUUUUACAAGUUUUUAAACUGGUUUGACGACCGUACCUGGUACCCCCUCGGAAGGGUUACUGGGGGUACUUUAUAUCCCGGGCUGAUGACUACCAGUGCGUUCAUUUGGCAUGCUCUGCGCAAUUGGCUGGGCUUGCCAAUCGACAUUAGGAACGUUUGUGUGCUGUUUGCGCCGCUGUUUUCUGGGGUGACCGCUUGGGCCACUUACGAAUUUACUAAGGAGAUUAAAGACGCCAGCGCUGGGCUUUUGGCUGCGGGUUUUAUCGCCAUUGUCCCCGGCUAUAUAUCUAGAUCUGUGGCUGGGUCUUACGAUAAUGAGGCCAUUGCCAUCACGUUGUUGAUGGUCACCUUCAUGUUCUGGAUUAAGGCGCAAAAGACAGGGUCUAUUAUGCACGCAACGUGCGCAGCAUUGUUUUACUUCUACAUGGUUUCUGCCUGGGGAGGCUACGUGUUCAUCACGAACUUGAUCCCACUCCACGUCUUUCUGUUGAUUUUGAUGGGCAGAUAUUCAUCCAAGCUGUAUUCUGCCUAUACUACUUGGUAUGCCAUUGGUACCGUUGCAUCCAUGCAGAUUCCAUUUGUUGGUUUCUUACCUAUCAGAUCGAACGACCACAUGGCUGCAUUAGGUGUCUUUGGCUUGAUUCAAAUUGUCGCCUUUGGUGACUUCAUCAAGGGUCAAAUCAGUACAGCAAAGUUCAAAGUCAUCAUGAUGGUCUCUUUGUUUUUGAUCUUGGUCCUUGGUGUGGUCGGACUUUCUGCCUUAACCUAUAUGGGCUUGAUUGCCCCUUGGACCGGUAGAUUCUAUUCGCUAUGGGAUACCAACUACGCCAAGAUUCAUAUCCCCAUCAUCGCCUCCGUCUCUGAACAUCAACCGGUUUCGUGGCCCGCUUUCUUCUUUGAUACCCACUUUUUGAUCUGGCUAUUCCCCGCAGGCGUUUUCCUGUUAUUCCUUGAUUUAAAAGAUGAACACGUUUUUGUCAUUGCUUACUCAGUUCUAUGUUCUUACUUCGCAGGUGUCAUGGUUAGAUUGAUGUUGACUUUGACUCCGGUUAUCUGUGUGUCCGCUGCCGUCGCUUUGUCCAAGAUAUUUGACGUCUACUUAGACUUCAAGACGAGCGACCGCAAAUACGUUGUCAAACCUACUGCACUAUUGGCUAAAUUGAUUGUUUCCGGAUCAUUCAUCUUUUAUUUGUAUCUCUUCGUCUUCCAUUCCACUUGGGUAACAAGAACUGCGUACUCUUCUCCUUCUGUUGUUUUGCCAUCGCAAACUCCAGACGGUAAAUUGGCGCUGAUUGAUGAUUUCAGAGAAGCUUACUAUUGGCUAAGAAUGAACUCGGACGAGGACAGUAAGGUCGCGGCAUGGUGGGAUUACGGUUAUCAAAUUGGUGGUAUGGCCGAUAGAACCACGUUGGUCGACAAUAACACAUGGAACAAUACCCAUAUUGCCAUUGUUGGUAAGGCCAUGGCCUCCCCUGAAGAAAAAUCUUACGAAAUUUUAAAGGAACACGACGUUGAUUACGUCUUAGUCAUCUUUGGAGGCCUAAUUGGGUUUGGUGGUGAUGACAUUAACAAAUUCUUGUGGAUGAUCAGAAUCAGCGAAGGAAUCUGGCCAGAUGAAAUAAAAGAGCGUGAUUUCUAUACUGCAGAGGGCGAAUACAGGGUGGAUGCAAGGGCCUCGGAAACUAUGAGAAACUCACUUCUAUACAAGAUGUCCUACAAAGAUUUCCCACAAUUGUUCAAUGGUGGUCAAGGUACCGACAGAGUGCGUCAACAAAUGAUUACUCCACAAGAUGUCCCACCCCUAGACUACUUUGACGAAGUAUUCACGUCCGAAAACUGGAUGGUGAGAAUAUAUCAACUGAAAAAGGACGACCCUCAAGGUAGAACUUUGAAAGACGUCGGUGACUUAACCAGAUCGUCCGCCAAAACAAGAAGAUCCGUAAAGAAACCUCAGUUAGGCCUGAGAGUAUAA